AUGCGCCCCCUCCUCCCUCUCUUCUCCGUUACCCUCGCAUCCCUCUCCUAUUGCUUCGCGCAACAUGCCUCCCCGACUACCCCUGUGCCCCUUGGCGUCCAAACAUACCUCUCCCGCCCGGACAUCCAGCCUCUGCGAUGGCUGGUCCAGGUCUUCGAUAAGGACAGAUUGGCGCCGGGGUACUGGUUCGUGUCGCCGUACGAUAUAAAUGGCAACACACAGCCCGAGGCGUCCUGGAUCGGCCCCCAUAUCUACGAUGGAGACGGCGAGCUGGUGUGGAGCGGGUCGCACAUGUUCAACAACAUCAACGUGAUGGAUUUCAAGAUCUUGCCAGUCAAAGGCGAGGAGUUGUUGUCCAUGCUUUACGCCAAGGAAGGCAGAGCAUACCUCCUCGACAAGCACUAUCGCGUGCGCGAGACCGUCUUCACCGGCGACUCGGGCUCGGUGUUCAAUAUGCAUGACUUUCAUACCGUCGAGGACGGCGGGAAAUACCUCUAUCUCCAGCGCAACAUCACGUACGCGUCGAGGGAGAUGGCCCUCGAGCAGCUGGGCUACGAUGGCGAGUGCUUUCUCGUCUUCCCCGGCUUUGAGGAGCGGGAUGCCGUUACGCAGGACGUACUGUUCAAAUGGGACGCUACCGGCAAAAUUCCCUUGUCGGAUAGUACUAUGGACUACUCCCCGGUGGAGCGAAGAUGUCGGGAGCACUGGGACUUCCUUCACUCCAACGCCAUUGACAAAUUCCCCGAUGGCAAUUAUCUCCUCUCCACCCGCCAUUCCGACACCCUCUACAAAAUCUCCAAAGACGACGGCUCCAUCAUCUGGCGUCUCCACGGCUUGGGCGGCCCACGAGGCGACUUCGAAAUGGCGCGCAACCUCAACUUCUCCCGCCAGCAUCACGCGCGCUUCCACGAACAAAACGCCACCCACACCAUCAUCAGCCUCUUGGACAACGCCAUGGGCGCCGACCCGCAACCGGCGACGAGCAAGUGGAGCCGCGCGCUGAAAAUCGCCCUCCGCGAAGACACGCAGCCCAUGACGGCCGAACUCAUCGCCAGCUACGACCAUCCCUCCCACCACCAUGCCUUCCGCCGUGGGAACUACCAGACCCUGCCCAACGGCAACGCCUUCGUCGGCUGGUCCGAGCGUGCGCUGCAGUCUGAGCACGCCGAGGACGGCACAUUGCUCAUGCAGGCCGCUUUGGAAACCAAAAUGCCCAACAUGGGCUCGUAUCGUGCAUUCAAGUUCGCUUUCGUCGCCGCCCCAGACUAUCCCCCAGACAUCUACUCCGCCGCCUCGACCGCCGCCGACGGCACAUGUGUCACUACCGUGCACGUCAGCUGGAACGGCGCGACGGAAGUAGCACGAUGGAAACUCUACAAAAGCGACGUCGCCGGCGCGAUCUUCGUCGAGUUGGCCGACGAGCCCCGCUCAGGCUUUGAGACCGCCCUGUCGUACACCGGGUACGCAAAGUACGUACAUGUGCAGGCUUUAGACCGCAACGGGAAGCAGCUGGCGUUCGGGCGGUCGAAGAUUUUCGAUACCGUGAAUGUCAGCGAGCUGGACGCAGCGGCUGUUGCGGCGGAGCAUGCGUGGCUUCUCAAUCCCGUGGCCAAGGGUGCAGGCUGGCUGGGGCACAGCUGGUUUGCGAUUUUCGCCGGCGGCGCGGCGGUGGGGUGCGUGUUCUGUCUUGCGGUCGCGUGGGCCAUGCGCCGCGGCGUCCUGGGGAGUCAGUGGGCCGCGAGGUUGCGGGGUCGAGGCGGGCCGGCAUAUCGCGCGAUUGCGUUGCAUGAUGUCGCGGAGUUUGACGAGGCGGCUUUGGAUGCUGUCGAGGCUAAGAGGAGGCUGCGGCCUUCCUUGGAUUUCGACGGGGAGCCUUUUGAAUUGCAUGACGAUGACAGCGAUGAGGAUGUGGAUGGGACGCCGUCUACUGAGAGGAGUCUGGGGAGGUGA